AUGGCUUCUGGAACAGUGAUCAGGUCAUUGCGCCAGCAAAUAGCGUCAUGUGAAUCGCAGCUCCACGAUCUGAAGCGGCAGCUUGCGGAAGUUGAGCAUCAGAGUCAGCAACAGCGAACAAACCGGGCCUCAGAGCAAGGUGUCCACACCAGAGACGACCCACUCGCUCACGACUUCUCCCAUGGAAUUCAUGAUGACUUCAAGUCGGAGGUUCUUGCUGCCUUGGCGCAGUCUGAAGAAACAGCGCCACCUCAAAGACGCUGGCCGCUAGAAGCGAACGAGUAUAAACGUUACGGAAGACAAUUGAUAAUGCCUGAAAUUGGCCUGCAAGGUCAGCUUCGCCUGAAAACCGCGUCCGUACUCAUCGUCGGCGUCGGCGGGCUGGGAUGUCCAGCAGCUGCUUACUUGGUCGGUGCAGGUGUUGGCAAAGUAGGACUAGUUGACGGGGAUACUGUUGAGGAAUCCAACCUUCACCGCCAAAUACUACACUCCACAGCAAAAGUCAAUAUGACUAAAGUGGAAAGCGCUAUGAUUGCGUUACAUUCACUGAACCCGAAUGUCGAACUUGUGCCGCAUCAAGGCCGGCUUACACCUGAGACCGCCUUGUCUACACUCCAGCAUUACGACAUAGUCCUAGAUUGCACUGAUACUCCAGCUUCCCGCUAUUUGAUCUCAGACACCUGUGUUCUACUGGGGAAGCCUCUAGUAUCUGCUUCAGCUCUACGUACAGAUGGCCAGCUGAUGGUCCUGAACAACCCUCCUCUACCCCCAGGAAACACUUCUGGCGGCCCGUGCUAUCGAUGUGUCUUUCCAAAGCCGCCACCAGCAGAGUCAGUCGUCACGUGCGGCGAUGGCGGUAUACUUGGUCCAGUAGUCGGAACUAUGGGCAUACUACAAGCCCUUGAGGCUAUCAAAGUUCUGACGAAACAGCCAUCCGCUUCUUCGAAUGAUUCAGCACCAGCGGACCCUCCGUCGUUGCUCAUAUUCUCGGCUUACUCCAACCCGAUGUUCAGAACUAUUCGUUUACGGACAAGGAAGCUGAAAUGUGCUGUCUGCUCCGCACAUGCAACAGUGACACCUGAAGCGCUCAAUUCUGGAAGCAUGGACUACGUACAAUUUUGCGGCACAGUCGAUCCUGUAGACGCGUUGAGCUCUAAUGAACGCAUCUCGGCCGAGAACUAUGCGAAAGUUCGCUUGGAUGUUAAUCCUUUCACAGGAUUAGAGCCAAGCAAGGACAGUCAUAUCUUGGUUGACGUCCGAGAGAAGGUCCAGUUUGACCUUUGCAAUCUUGAGGGGAGCGUCAAUGUGCCCUUUUCGGCCGUGACUAGCUUGCCUGUAGGUGGUCGGAACGGGACAGCGAACGAGUCAGAUCCAGAGGCAGGCUGGGUAUCGGAGUUGAGGCAGCAUGCCGAUAAGCCCAUAUUUGUUGUUUGCAGGCGGGGCAACGACUCGCAAAUUACCGUCAAGAAGAUGAAAGAGCUUGGACUAGACAAUGGAGGUCAACGGUGGAUCGGCGACAUCCGGGGCGGAUUACACGCGUGGAGAGACAACGUGGACAAGGAUUUUCCUGAGUACUGA